CAGGCCAGGUGACCAAUCAACUCCUAGGCCUAGGCUCAUUGUUGGAGGUGUAAGUAUUGCUAUGACUACUGAAACCUUGGUGACUGAAAACAAAGUAGAGCCUGUUCAGUCUCCUGAGACUACAUCAAGCAAGUCUGUAGACAUGUCUGUGGAAAAGAUGGUAAAAGUAGAAGUAUGCAGAGUUGGAAAAGGGGCUGGUUUGGAUGCGUUUCCCUGGAUGAGGUUUCCAGAUCAAUUUACCAGAAAUGGACAGAUGUAACAGAAGGGUAGUAGCAGGAGUGGGAGAUGUCUGGCACAUAGUAGGUGUUCAGAUAUUUGUUGCAUACUAACGACUGCAUGUUACCUUUGAUCCAUUCUGAAAGGAGUAGGACUUUCUCCCCACCUCCCCUAGGAAAUUGGCUACUCCCUGUCUCUAAAGGGAAAGGUCUAUGUGUCUCCCACUAUGAUAGGGUACUGAGUGAGGUACUGGAGAUCAAGGCAGAUCAACAGAACUCCGUUUUCUUGCAGAGUUUUCAAAGGGCCCCGGGACUUAAGAAGAUGGUGGACAGGUGGCGUAAUUCACACACUCACUGUCUGUGGCAGAUGACAUUAAGCCAGAGGAGAAACCCAUAUGCCAUCCUAAGGAUGCAGGACACUAUGGUGCAGGAGUUGGCACUGGCCAACAAGCAAUUACUGAUGGUCCGUCAAGCUGCCCUGCACCAGCUGUUUGAAAAGGAGCAUCAGCAGUACCAACAGGAACUAAAUCAGAUGGGCAAAGCUUUUUAUGUGGAGAGACUCUAAUGGCAUUUGAAACAUUGUCCUUCCAUUCUCACCAUACCUGCUAACCUAGAUUUCUUGAGCCCCACCACCUUCAGUUUCCUUCCCAAAACUCACCUGGAUCUAGUUAUGUGCCCAGGACUCAAGACAGUGCUCCAACUCUCACCUCUGGUGCCCCUGUCAACCCCCUGGUGCUAUAGGGGAAACAAUCUAUGAAACAAUGGUAAAAACAAGAGUGACGCCUUGUGGUCAGAAUGACAUAUGCAGUGUUGAUGUGAGUGGGGGGAGGGGAGGUAGAUAGAGGCACAAUGUGAGAAGCGAAUCCUGAUUU